GCCUGAGCGGCUUCUACAUUACAGCAGUUUGAAUGUUUGAACCCAAAUAGAAUUCCAGAAGUACUGGUCGGAACACACCCAUUGUGUUACAGUUCUGACUGAGGCAGGAGAAAAAUAGAGGGUAGUGAAGAUAAACUUAUUACAUUGUGAGUUUUUACAGGAAAUGCUUAAUGCUGCGCAUUUCAUACUGUGUGUGUGAAAGACGUUUCCAGGUCAGCCACCAUGAUUACCGUCUAUAAUCCACAGUAUAACCAUGGUCGCUGUCUUUGAUUUAGACGCUAUGUUUUUACAUAUCUACAAUAUGACGAGAAAACCACAAUAUAAACAAUGUUCGGAACAUGUCGAGACAUGUUUGUUGUACCUUGGGAAAGUGGCAAACAAAUCUCGCGCUAAUUUGUACGUAGGCUAAACGUUGCAUAGACCAACCGGACGUUAACAUACCUUCAAAAUAAUAAGAAAAAAAUGGAAACGCAAGCAAAAGCGUAUAGUAAACAAAGUUUGAUUAUUGAACUUUUUUAAAGAUAAGGGUUAAUAAAUAAUAAAUAUGUAAAAUCUAAUAUAUAAAUAAAUAAAAAUUAAUUUAUUUCAGCGACUUCAUUUCCAAAGUAAAACAUUAUGUGGAUUAAUUACACAGACUGACUGUGAUUUUCCACUUAAAGUUAUGUGGGCAGUGGGCUUAGUAAAAAGCAUAUGUAAUACCCCCUUAAAGGUUUUUUUUUUCACAAGGUUCUUUAAAUCUAAUGCAUCAGACCUUUAACAAGAGCUCACCAUUGCAGUAUCCCUCUCAACCCAAAGUAAUCUGCUCUGACCUGAACCUUAACCCCAAGGAUACUAGACACACAACUAGAACUAAUUCCGUGUUGAAAGAAACCCCUUUACUAAGAGCAGAUCAAUCGAUCUAUAAAUCUGUUAUCAUUUGCAUGCAUAAUAUAAACUUUCCAAGAGGCCAAAUCCUUCUCAUUAUACCCCUAGCUACAAAUUUACCCUAAUUGAACUUCAGCUGCUCUAAAUUAAUUUCAUAUAAACCAAAAAUGCAAUUUUUGUAACUUUGAAAUGUAGGUGGUCUUCCUGUACCACACUGUACUAAAGUUCAUUUUUUUCAGAGGCUUUUAUAAUUUUAUUCUGAAGGCAAUAACCGGAAGUCUUAGGUUUUCAUAGCGUAAGGCUAGAUCUUCGAAGCUUCGCAGCUAACGUUAGCACUCGACUCAUUCUUCAAAAAAUCUACGAAAAAUAUAGUUUUAUUCCUAAAAAGUCAUCAUGCAGAACCACUGCGUUGUGCUGGACUGUCCCAGUGGUAUUUCGGACUUUCAGGCGCUCUUCCGGUUUCCACGAGAUCCAAACAGAUCGGAGAAGUGGCUUGAACAGUGCCAGAGGGAUGACCUGAAAGAGAAAUCAGCAGAGCAGCUCUACAAAUACUACAGACUCUGUGGGAAACAUUUUGAAGCAUCUGCCUUUGAUAGUGAUGCUCCAGGUUCUGUGUUGAAAGCUGACGCUGUCCCGUCUGUGUUUGAUGGUCCAGGCCAACCUCAGAGUGGACAGGUGAAACGUGGUAAAGAGACGACAAAAGACAGUGAAACAGAGAGAAGAGGAAGGAAAAGAAUGAAAAAAGCUCCAGCAGAGCCUAUUACUGAAACUGUCCAGAAUGUACCAGAGGAAGAUGAAAAGCAAAAGUACCUCAAGACUUUAUUGGAGGUUCUUCUACUGCUCGGAGAGCAAAGCAUUCCGCCAUUUGCACCGUGUAAUGGGAAAGAUGACGGCUUGAAGUCGUGUAACUUCCAGGCAUUGCUGGAAUACCGCCUGAACUGUGGAGAUGAAGUCUUAAAGAACAGGUUUGAUUCAUCAAGGCAAAACUGCUUUUCCAAUGAACUCGACAUGCUAAUCACGGUUUGUGAGCAGUAUGUGCGCAGUAAGGUGAUCGAGGGAGUCAAACAAAACGGCUUUUUCUCACUGCUUACCGGCGAACCAGUGAAGAUCUCAGGAGAAUGGUGCCUUCCGGUGUUCCUUCGUUAUGUGGACCAGUUGAAAAGUCAUCAGGAGAAGUUUGCGGGGUUCUUGACCUUUGAAGGAGAUGAAAAUGACCUGGCAGAAAAACUACUAUCUGAAAUGACUGAUCGAUGGGAUUUAGAUAUGAGCCAGUGUAGAGCGCAAGCCCACGCCUGCUCUGGGACCCACUCGAGAAAAAUUAAAGCAUUUGCUUCCAAAUUGGUUGAAAAGUACCCCAAGGCUAUACUGACAUUUAGAUCUACUAAUCCCUUGACCCUGUCUCUGGCCAACAAUAUGGGUGUGUCAGGGGUUCAACUCGUUCUGUCCACCUUUAAGCAGAUUGAAUUGUUUUUCUCUCAGUCACCAUUACUGCAGGUGGAGUUUGAGCAUGCGAUUUCCAUCUUCUACCCAGACAAAGAGGACAAAGCUGAGGAGCUGAAGAAGAUAUGCCGGACCAGCUGGACCAGAAGGAAUGAUGGGUUCGAGGUGGCACUGGAUGUCAUAGAGGCACUGUUGCUCUGUGUGGACAGCGUCCAUGACAAUGAAGACAUGAGGUGGAAUGACCAAGUCACCCACAGUGCUUUAGAGAUCUCCAAAGCCUUAACUGACUUUGAGUUCAUCAUGGCGUUAAUCGUGCUGAAAAACGUGAUGUUGCUCAUCCAAGCGUUUGGCAAAAAUCUCCAAGGGAAAGCGGUGGACAUCCAUUCAGCUACAGCCAGCUUGACCGCUGUGCUGCAGUCCCUGAAGGAAAUGUCUGACAACAUCGACGUCUAUCACGACUUUUUCUACGACGAAGCCGUCAACCUAGCGGCAGCCAUGGAGAUCCCUGUCAAGGUUCCUCGGUUCUUCUUGAUGAAGCGUCAGGGAGAAGAUGGAAGCACUCAGGAGGAUGACUACUACAAGGAGCAUGUGACGGUUCCUGCGGUGAAGCACGUCAUUGGCGAAAUGAAUGAUCUCUUCUCUCAGGAUCACAUCAAAGUCUUGGGGUGUAUGUGUCUGAUCCCAGAUAUCAUAGAGGGGAAGAAGUCCACUCAGCCGGACGAGGAGAGCGUUCAGGUGUUCAGCGAUGACAUCCCAAAUGCAGGCAGUCUCUCUGCUGAGCUGCACUGCUGGUGGGUCAAAUGGAGCAAGAAAGGCAAAGGCGAGACAUUUCCCUCCAGCCUCCAUGACACGCUGCAACUGGCCGAUGUCAAGUUCUUCCCCAACGUAAUGACGGCUCUGAGACUCCUCAGCAUCCUACCCACGCUGGCUCUGGAGGACACCUCCGACGUGGCGCUCAAGCGUUACCGGAUGUACAUAGAGAAUAUGCCUGACAAUGUCAAGUCAAAAAGCCUCGCCCUUUUCAACAUAAACUAUGACGUUGGGUUUGAUCUGGAUUCCAUGGUAGAACUCUACCAGAAGACGUACCCUGAAAGCCAGGAAGUCUCUUGAGCUUCCAGAAAAUGUUGAGCUUUAUUUUCUGACCCUCAAAUGAAAAUAGAACGUUUUGUACUUGGUUUUAUUUUUUAUGAUGAAAUGUAGACAUGAAUAUGGGCAGGUCUGUACACUAGGUCUCUAUAGUUUUCUUUUCUUCCAUUUCUGUAUCAUUUCUGUAGUAAAAUAAUAAUUUGUUCUGGUAUUUUGAGAGUUUCGUCUGGAUUUGCAGAAAACAUGCCUAGUCUUAAAUUUGCAAUUAAAAAGAAGGAAUUUCUAAAUUCUCUGGUAUUGUUGUCAUUCUGCUUUUAUCUUUAGGUUUUUCUUUACUUAGCUUUCAAAAUAUAAUUUCUGGAUGUGAUUGUAAAGUCACACUGAUAAUAAAUAGUAUCUCAUUAUUUUACCAGGAAACAGAGAUUAUACAUUAUAACCAUUUAGCAUGUUCCAUUUUCAAUGCCUUUGAAAAGUUUUUAUAUUCCCUAACAUCUUUCACGUUUUUUCAAAAAUACAAACCACUGUAUUUUGUUAAAAAUGCAUGUGACAGAUUAAUAUGCU